GCGGAGGGGGCGGUCGGGUGCGAUCCGUUGGCAGCGGCCGGGUUCCUGUCAGCGGCGGCGCCCGGUCCCCCACGGCGCGCGGAGCCCCCGGCCUGGCCCGACCCGGUUCGAUCCGUGGCCCGACAGUGCGGAGCGCCGCGCUCUCGCCUCCCGGCGUCUCCCCUCCCCAGCGCGGGGCGGCGGAGGCAGCGGCGCCCCCCUCCCGGCCCGGCCCCCCCCUCCUGCCGCCGCCCCCCUCGCCCCUGCCGGGCCGCGGAGCUGCGAUGCCCUCGGACUUCAUCUCUCUGCUCAGCGCCGACCUCGACCUCGAGUCCCCCAAGUCGCUCUACUCCAAGGAAUCUGUCUAUGACCUUCUGCCAAAGGAGCUGCAGUUACCACCUUCCAGAGAAACAUCUGUAGCAUCCAUGAGCCAAACAAGUGGUGGUGAGGCAGGUUCGCCUCCUCCAGCUGUAGUUGCUGCUGAUGCUUCUUCAGCUCCUUCCUCUUCCUCCAUGGGCGGUGCUUGCAGCUCCUUUACCACCUCUUCCAGUCCUACCAUUUAUUCUACCUCAGUCACCGACAGCAAGGCUAUGCAAGUGGAGAGCUGCUCCUCAGCCGUGGGGGUAAGUAACAGAGGGGUAAGUGAAAAGCAGUUAACCAGUAACACAGUCCAGCAGCAGCAGUCAACGCCGAAGAGACAUACAGUCCUGUACAUCUCACCACCACCUGAGGACUUGUUGGAUAACAGUCGGAUGUCCUGCCAGGAUGAGGGGUGUGGAUUGGAGUCAGAACAGAGCUGCAGUAUGUGGAUGGAGGAUUCACCCUCCAACUUCAGUAACAUGAGUACCAGUUCCUACAAUGAUAACACUGAGGUGCCACGUAAAUCACGCAAACGAAACCCAAAGCAGAGGCCAGGGAUCAAACGUCGAGAUUGUGAAGAAUCCAACAUGGAUAUAUUUGAUGCCGACAGUGCCAAAGCGCCUCACUAUGUCCUUUCUCAACUCAGCACGGACAGCAAAGGCAACUCAAAAGCAGGAAAUGGAGCAUCAGAGAGCCAGAAAGGAGCAGGAGGGAAGAAGACCCCAAUGUUGUGUGGUCAGUAUCCUACUAAAAGUGAGGGGAAGGAGCUGAAGAUAGUGGUGCAGCCAGAAACCCAACACAGGGCUCGUUAUCUGACUGAAGGCAGCCGAGGCUCAGUGAAAGACCGGACACAGCAAGGUUUUCCAACUGUAAAGCUGGAGGGUCACAAUGAGCCAGUAGUGCUGCAGGUAUUUGUGGGUAAUGAUUCUGGUCGAGUGAAACCACACGGAUUCUACCAGGCCUGCAGAGUAACUGGAAGAAACACAACUCCCUGUAAAGAAGUAGAUAUCGAGGGAACUACAGUUAUCGAGGUUGGACUUGACCCUAGCAACAAUAUGACACUUGCGGUUGACUGCGUGGGAAUACUGAAGCUGAGAAAUGCUGAUGUUGAAGCUAGGAUAGGGAUUGCUGGUUCCAAGAAAAAAAGCACACGUGCCAGACUGGUAUUUCGUGUUAACAUCACACGCAAAGAUGGUUCAACUUUGACUCUUCAGACACCUUCCUCCCCAAUUUUGUGCACUCAACCAGCAGGAGUUCCAGAGAUACUAAAGAAAAGUCUGCACAGUUGUUCAGUGAAGGGUGAAGAGGAAGUUUUUCUGAUUGGCAAAAACUUUCUAAAAGGAACAAAAGUGAUUUUCCAAGAAAAUGUGUCUGAUGAAAAUUCUUGGAAAGCAGAAGCUGAAAUAGACAUGGAAUUAUUUCAUCAGAAUCACCUUAUUGUGAAGGUGCCACCAUAUCAUGACCAGCAAAUAACCUCAGCUGUUUCCGUGGGAAUAUAUGUGGUGACCAAUGCUGGAAGAUCGCAUGAUGUGCAAUCAUUUACAUACACUCCAGAUACAUCUGGUACUCUGAAUGUUAAUGUGAAGAAGGAAAUCUCGAGCCCAGCCCAACAUUGUUGUUUUGAAGAGGCUAUAAAAGCAGUGAAAGCCACUGGCUGUAACCUGGAAAAGGUAAAUAUUCUUCCUAGUGCCUUGAUAACUCCACUCAUGCCAAGUGGUAUAAUUAAGAAUGAAGAUGUGGCUCCAAUGGAAGUAAGUGCAGAAAAAAGAUCUCCCCCUGUCUUCAAGGCUUCAAAGGUGGUUGGACCAGCACAACAAACGUUAGAAAACAGUAUGUCCAGCAUAUCAACUUCUGCUUCCCAUUUACCUUCUGACAGUGAAAAACAGCAACAAAUACAACCGAAGGUGUAUAAUCCAGACACACUAACUACUAUUCAAACGCAGGACAUUUCCCAGCCUGGUAGUUUUUCGGCAGUCUCGACUCCAGGUCAGCUGCAGAACAGUGAUGCAUUACUGCAGCAAGCUGCACAGUUUCAAACAAGAGAAUCCCAAACCAGGGAAGUCUUGCAAUCAGAUGGCACAGUUGUAACAUUGUCACAGUUAACUGAUGCAUCUCAACAGCAGCAACAGUCUGCACUAUCAGAACCAGCACAGGCUUUACAGCAACAGAUUUCAUCAAGUAUUUUCUCAUCAGCAAGCAGCGUGAGUCAGUUACAGAACACUAUACAGCAAUUGCAGGCUGGAAACUUUCCAACUAACACUGCCACUGGCAGCAGUAGAAAUGUUGACUUGGUGCAGCAGGUCUUGGAAGCUCAACAGCAGUUAUCCUCUGUUUUGUUUUCUGGGUCAGACAGCAGUGAGGAUGUUCAAGAUCAGCUAAACGCAGAUAUUUUUCAGCAAGUUAGUCAGAUACAGAAUAGUGUAAAUUCUGGGAAAUUUUUCUCAUCAGAGACAGCUGUCCAUUCCAGACCUGAGAACCUUUUGCCUGGGAGAGCUGAAAAUGUUCACUCUCAGCCUGAAAAUGCAUUGUCCAAUCAGCAGCAACAGCAGCAGCAACAGCAGCAGGUGAUGGAGACUUCUGCAGCAAUGGUGAUAGGAAUGCAACAAAACAUUUGCCAAGCUGCAACACAGAUGCAGUCUGAUUUGUUCUCUUCAACAACUUCAGGGAAUGGAACCCUACAGCAGUCACCUGUUUAUCAGCAGGCUUCUCACAUAAUGAGUGGGUUAUCGACAAGUGAAGACAUGCAAAUGCAGUGUGAAUUGUUCUCUUCAUCUCCUGGUGUUUCUGGAAGUGACACUACUCCUGCUGCUCAGCAACAAGUUUCCAAUAAUGGACCGGCUAUAUUUCAGACAUCAAAUUCUGCAGAUGGAGAGGAAACUUCAGGACAGAAUAAACAGAUGCAAAAUACUGUGUUUCAGACCAUGGUUCAGAUGCAGCACAGUGGAGAAAGCCAGUCUCAAGUUAAUCUUUUUUCAUCUCCAAAAAACAUGAUGACUGUUCAGGCAAGUGGAACUCAACAGCAAGGUGGUGGUCUGUUCCAGCAAGGUGGAGAAAUCAUGUCUAUUCAGUCAGGAAGCUUUAUGCAACAACCUACGCAUUCACAAGCUCAGCUUUUUCACUCUCAGAAUGCUAUUGGUGAUACUCAAAAUAUGUCACAGGAAACACAAGGUUCUAUUUUUCACAGUGGAAAUUCUAUUGUCCACAGUCAGACCACUACUAAUUCCUCUGAGCAACUGCAGCCUCCAAUGUUCCAUUCACAGAACACCAUGGGCGUAUUACAGAGUUCAUCAGUUCCUCAGGACCAGCAGUCUGCCAACAUGUUCCUUUCCCAGAGUUCAAUGAGCAACCCUGCAACUCAAGAAGAGCAAAUGUCAUUCUUUACAAACCAGAAUUCCAUUUCUCCUCUUCAGACAGCCACAAAUACUGAGCAACAAACUUCUUUCCAACAACAAACACAGAUAUCUCAUAUCCAGAGUUCCAUGCUUCCCCAGGAGCAGCCCCAGACUCAGCCUACUCAGCAAGGUUUGUUUCAGCCUCAAGUUCCGUUAGGCUCCAUCCAAUCUAAUCCAAUUCCCCAGAGCCAGCAAGGAGCUAUCUUCCAGCCUCAGCACUCAAUAGUUGCUAUUCAGAGUAGUCCUCCAUCUCAGGAGCAGCAGCAGCAGCAGCAGCAGAACAUGAUGUUCAGCAAUCAAAAUGCAAUGAAUACAAUUGCUUCUCAAAAACAAAACAUGAUUUUCAACCCAAAUCAAAAUCCAAUUACUAAUCAGGAGCAACAAGGUCAAUCAAUUUUUCACUCACAAUCUAACAUGGCAUCAAUGAAUCAGGAGCAGCAGCCCAUGCAAUUCCAGAGUCAGACUACAGUGUCUUCAAUUCAGAAUCCUGGAUCCAACCAGGCUGAAUCACAGCAGCCAGCCAUCUUCCAUAACUCACCCCAGAUUCAGUUGGUCCAAGGGUCACCAAGUUCUCAAGAGCAACAAGUUACUCUCUUCAUCUCUUCAGCUUCCAUGUCUGCAUUGCAGAAUAGUAUGAACCAGCAAGAGCUGCAGCAAUCUCCUAUAUACUCUUCUCAAAACAGCAUGGCAGGAAUGCAAGGAACUGCUUCUCCUCCACAGCAACAAGCCUCUUUAUUUCACAACACAGCAGGAGGUGCUAUCAACCAACUGCAGAAUUCUCCUGCGUCAUCUCAACAGACUUCGGGGAUAUUCCUGUUUGGCAUUCAGAACAACUGUGGCCAGCUCUUAACUUCUGGACCAGCUACAUUGCCGGAUGAGUUGAUGGCUAUAAGUCAAUCAGGUCAGCCACAGAAUGAGGGGCAAGCAGCAGUACCAACACUUCUCUCCCAGCAGAUACCUGAGACUUCUCCACUACCUUCAUCUAUGGCAGCCAAUCAGAAUAUUGAGAAAAUAGAUGAUCUCCUUGUGUCAUUGCAAAACCAAGGGAACAAUAUGGCUGGCUCAUUUUAAUUAGACAGAAAAUCUAUGAAGAAAAAGGUGAUGAUUUCCCUGAUCCUCUCAGACUUUGCGACUCUGGAUUAGGCUGGGUGGAACUGAUUGCUUCUAUCAAAAAGUGGCCCUCUUCUCUAAAGAGCACAUAUGCAGCCUAUUGCAGUGUCUUGCACCUAAGGCUAUAACUAUAACCAUAGUAUUUGAGAUUCCUGGUGCCAAUAAUGGUUGAAAAGCUAUGCUUUGUUUUACUAGGGCAUGGAAUUGUACUAUUACCAGAUUCCUAGACCUCAUUAACAGCGGGGCUCUUUUUGAAUUUAAAGCAUAUCUGAUCAGUUAUUAUUGUUGUUAGAAGAUAGUACGUGUUUUUCCAUGUUUACUUUUUUCCCCCUCUUCUUCCUUCUUCACAUCCCCUCUCUUGACUAAAAAAAUCUUAUGAAGCAGAAACAUCAGAUACUUGUGAUGUGAACUGUGACUCAUAGCAUAGCUGUCAAUCACUGAAGGAAUUGCACAUUUUAAAGCAGAGUGGGAGAGCUAAUACUGUGGUUUGUAAUUGCAGUAGGUGAUAAAGAAAAUACUGAUACAUAUAAUAACCAAGCAGAGAAUUGCUUUUUACUGUAGAUAGCCAGACAGAGGUGGAUGCUUCCCAUCUGAGAAUGUGAUUAACGGUUUUCUAUGUCUUUUACGUGUAACUGUACAUAGAAUAAGUUCUGGUGGCUCUAACUAAAUGAAGAAAUGAAGGGGAACUUUCAAAAUAAAUUGCGCUCUUAAAAUUUUAUCUUCUAAGAUACCUUGACAUUGAAAGGAAGAAUCUGCCUGGCUGAGGAAACUCCUUCAUGUCUCUCGCUCUGACUGCUUAGGUUAGAACUCCUUACAGCUGCAUUACCCAUUCUCAAACCAGUCUUUUCCCUUUCAUUUCAUGUUUUUCCUUCUCCCUCCCUCAGUUUCAUAUUAUGUUUAAUAUAUAUACAUAUAUAUAUAUGUAUGUAUAUAUAUAUGCAUGUAUGUAUAUAUAUAUAUAUGUAUAAAACUAUCCUACUGGCUUUAAACAUCAGAAGCAGCUUUUAGGAAUCCAUAGCAGCUACCUUUGUGGUAUUAAAUUGCUUAGUCAGUAGAAGCUUUGACAACUAAUCAAGGGUUAAGGAGAGAAGAAGUGAUUUUUCCACCACCCUCCAAAUGCCAGAAUCCUCCUUAACCAGUCAUUUUCCAACUCUUACUGAUGCAAAUCUUCAGCUUAACUUUAUUCCAAAUAGGGGAGAAAUUACAUAAUUUCUAAGCAUUCUUGAAAAUUUCACUUCAUUCUGAGCUGCUAUGUCGUCGUAUCAUCGAGCUCAUGCAGAUUUGAGUGGUGUUUUCUACUGGCAGUCUCCUACACUUAGCUUCUAGAUUAUCGUGUUUAAAUUUAAAAAGUUGACACGUUACAGAAUGUAAAAAUAACCCACUCCAGACCAUGCAGUUGUAUUGUGAGGCAUGUGCAUUUCUUGGGUGCUCCAACUGUCCUGAAGGUUUUGUGAUAUCUCAGUACAGCCUCAUUCAGACACUUUUCUCCUCCUUCUCCUGCACGUAAUAAGCUGUUAAUGCAGUUAGAGCCAAACAGCUGUCAUGGAUGGCUAUUAUGCCUUGGUAGAGUGUAGUCGGUAUCAUGUCAUUUUUCAUUUUUGUUAUUUUACAUAACAAAGAAUAGUCUGUAAAUGGAUUUAAGUUACUCUAGUCUGUUUCCUGUGUGUUUUUCCCCUAACUUGUAUGUUUAGUUGAGCCGUGUAGAGUUUUUGUUUGUUUUAAUGGUUUUUCCUGUUUGUCAGUCUGUCAUGUUCAUUUUCUCUUUCUGUCUCUCUCUUUCUCUCUCUCAUUGAGAGGCAUUGAAUUACGUUUUCAGUAGUAAGGCUUCUUGCCGAUAUGAAGGGAACUUUUCAGAAAGAGACCUGCUCUGGGUCAUUUAAUUUUGAAUACAGUUUUCAAUCGUUCAAGUUUUGGAUGGUUUAUAUCUAAUGUGUGUUUCAUUUUUUUGGAAAGCUAUAUUUUGUAUUUAGGAAAUGGUAUACUAUUUUGCUAUUUGUACUGAGUGAGUACAUUGGCAUAAAUAUGAAAAUUUAUAUAUAUACAUAUAUAUAAAAUAUUCUUUUUGCCACACAUUUUUGUGGUAAAUUUGUGAGUUUGUCUGAUGUUCUACCACAACGUGGCGUCUGAUAACAGUGGGGGUGGGGUGGGGUUUGUUAUGUCUUUAUUGAGUAUUUAAGUACUUUUUGCAACAUAAAUAACUUGUUCAUCUCUCGCCAUUCCAUCAGGCAAUUUAUUGUUCCAACUGGCUAUGGGAAGCUUCACUGUGUUUUGAUGUGUCUGUCACUCAGCAAUAUGACCUAGUAAGGAAACCCGUAGGCAUUUAGGCAUAUAUAAAGUGGUGGGUUUCAUUCAGAAUGAGCCAUUCAGCUUUUAUCCACUAUCAUUGUCUAUUUAAUAUUUUAUUAUUAGCGCCUUUAUGUUUUAACUUUAAUUUAUAAUUAUGCUAAAUGUUUGAAAUCUUAAUCAUGAUUAAAAAAAAAAAAUUCCCUGCUUUAUAAUGUCCAGAGAUGCUUUAUAACUCUGAACCAUACUUUUUCUUCCUGUGAUUUUUUUUCCUGCUCAGAAAAUAUAUAACAAGAUCCUGUUAUGGUUCAUGACAUGAAAAGAGCAGUCUUGCAGCAUUGGCUAAAUGCUCUAUGAGGAUACGUAGAAGACUGAGAAUUAUGGAUUGAAAUAGCUUUCGGAUGGCUGUGGAAGUCAACAGCCAGUUAUUCCAAAAUGAACUGGUGACUCUUGCAAGUUCACAGUCCCAGGACAAGCCAUUGGGUGUCAGCUUGGGCCUUCAUACACAGAAGAAGUAAUAGGAAUGACAAAUUCGCUUGUAUGCUGCUUCACGUUGUUCUGAAGGGAAGUAUCCUUAUUUUGAAAUGCUGUUGGUCAGUGCCAAGUCACCAGGGACCAAUUCUCCAUUCAGUAAUACAGGUGUCCAACAGACUUUUUACCAAGACUGCUAUAGCUCCAGGGUGAGGGUAUGAUUGAAUUGUGUGCAUAUUUUAGGUUGCUUAUAACAAGGGCUGUGCUAUCACAUUUUCACUUCUGGAUAGCACCUUUCUUUCUUGUGUUAAAUUUAUCUUGUCCAUUUUAGGUCAGUGUUUAAAUGUACAACACUUCGAACAUGUGAUUUGGUUACAAAAAGUAUUUGUCUUAUGAAUGAAGAGAUUGCUCAGUGGUUGAUUAGUGCUUGAGCUGCUGCUUGCAAACAGCUGUUAUAGGGGCUAACAAGAAGGGUUUGAGAGCCAAGAAAGAGCUUAAAGACAACUUGCAGGAUUUCAUGGCAGAAAGACCCAAGAACAUCAUAAGCCACAUCUGUAUUUUAUGAGUCCUGUAUGUUUACUUGUGUGAUUUAAGCAGUUGACAGUUGGAGCUUACCGUGCAUUUUGUUUUUUAUCCCCUUAUUUACUCCACUGCAUGCAUGUGCUCACUGGCCUGCCUAUUAGACUAUGAGCAGUCUCAUAGUCAAGCAGACUGCAUGCCUGCGGAGUUGAGAGGCAGUGGUUUUGUGCCUAGUCCAUUUUGGUUGCGAAGGUUAGAAAAUACUGAGCGGCGAGUCUCUCUAAAGUUCCUGAUAUUAUUAUAAAGGAGAACUUAGUAUAUCUGCAAAGCCACAAUUAACUAUAGACAAUAUAACUGUGUGAAAAAUCAAAAACUGUAGAACUGCACUGCUAGGACGGGGUUUCUUUUGUCUUUCUCUGCUGCUUGAGUGCUUUGUUUAAAAAAAAAAAGAAGAAGAAGAAGAAGAAGAAAAAAAAUCAUCCAUAUUUACUGUAGGUUAUACUCUCCAGCUGUAUAUGCCUCUAAAGCCCCUCCUAUCCACUACCUGUACAGUAUCUGUGGUACAUGGUGGUACAACAAUUUGUUAGCGCAGAUUAAAAUCUAGGGAGGCUUAUCUGCUAUCCAGCAGUCAUGUCUUCUACAUACAUUCUCUUCUCUGCUUAGAUAUUUUUAAAGAAAUAAUGUAUAAUACAAAAUCAUUAGCUAACUGUCUUCUCUAGAAAGAAGUUGCUACUGGUGCUUUAACUAGCAAGUUCACUUUGUCAUUAGUUGCCUCCUCACUGUCUUCUCUUUCAGCAGUUAUUCAAGCCAAAUGCUUUGCUGUUACUUUAACAGAAAAACAGUUCAGGAAAUAGUUUCAGCAUUGCUGUUUUGAAGUAAAUGUUUAAUCACCAAGCAUUUCACUGUAAUUAUUUUUAUUACUUUGCUGACAGGGUGGUUAUUUUAUUUUUAAAUUGAAAUAAAACAUGAACUGUUAAGUAUUUUGUAACUUUGGCAGUGUUUGCAAUGAUUAGUACUAAGACCCUGGGCAGCUCUAUCAUGGACGUUCCCCUAACUUAGAAAAGUUGAACAUUUUUAAGCUUCUGUUGUGAUUUUGCUUUGGGAUAUAAUUCCCCAAAAGAAAAACUUCCACUCGCAUACUGUCUCUCAGUAUGAGUCUUCAGAAGGAAUACCAAAUGAGUCAGGAGCUUGCAUUCCUCUUAAAAUGUGAUUUAAAGCACUAGUUGAGUAACAGGAAAUACACUUAUUUUAAAAGAAAAUGAAAAAAAAAAUUAUUGGAAUAAAAAGCUACAAAUAAUGCCUCCCAAUGUGUGCAUGUGUAUGUGCAUGCAUGAAUGCACGUGCACAUUCGUUAAUAGUGAAGAGUUGUACUAUCUAAUUUUGGAUCUCACAUAGCUGAAUGACAAAUUAUUGAGCUAUCUGUUCAGGGUAAUUACAGGAGAGGAGUACAAAGGGUUAUAGACAUUUGUCGGAGUGAUAGAAGCAAGAACUAGGGAGAUGAAUUGCUUAGGGUGCUGUGAGCUAUGAGUUGUAGAUGGAAAGUUGAGAAGAGGGCAGAUAUUAUUUGAUCACUGGUGACUUCUCCUUAAGAGCAAAAUUUAUUUUCAAGGAAUUAAGUACUUUCUUGAUUUCUGGAGAGAAUGGUGGCAGCUCCAUUAUUUGAGAAGCUAAAAGGAAAUUGGUACAGAGAUGCUUUGUAUGUUGGUUUUUUUGUCUCUAAUUUGGAGCAGUCUUUUGGCAUAGAUUGUGAGAACUUCCUUUUCAGACCAACUAUGCCAGCUGUGUAUGAAAGUAGUCACUGGGUGUGCAAAUAGAGGUAUAUUUCUCUGUGCAUACCUGCCAGUGAAGAAUGAAGCAUAGAGGAUCUCUAUUUGAAAUGCAAUGUGCACUAUUUAUAUACAAGGAAAAAUGCAGCAGCAGAUAAACUUUGUAAAAAUGUACACAUAAAAAUUACCCAGUUUAGUACUGGGUUCUGAGGGGUUAUGCAGGAGAGGCUUUUCCUUUCAAGUAAUCUGUAUAGGUAUGUAAAUAUGCAAUGCCUGUGUAUUCCAGGCUUGUUUAUAUGUAUAUAGAAGAAUUGUGUAUCUAUUACAUAUAUAAAUAAUUAGUAUAGAUAUGCAUAGAAUACUGCUAUAUUUACAUUUUUAUAAACAUAAAAUAAUAGAUUUCCUUAGCUGGAAGUUAUUUACCAGGGUUUUUGUAUUAGCUGGUUAAUAGCUGUAUCAACACCCAUAAGUCCUGUACAUGUGGCGCUGUUGGUAGUGGUGUUCCAGAAAUUUGCUCUGCUUUUUAGCUCUUCACUAAAAUCGAUGGGGUUAAAGUGAAGUGACUUUUGAAACAGCUAUAUACUUUUUUGUACUUUUAUAUAUUUUUAUUAAUCAUUGAAAACAGUAGAAUUGACAACCUUGGAGAAGAGUCUGAUGUUGCCCACUGGAUGGGCUCAGGAAAUAAAACAGUAGCACCUGCUUUCUUCCUCUGUGUACUUCUCUGCCAGUUUUCCUCAGCUCACUUGCCAAGACUCUGUUUUCAGGACCUUUUCUGUUCUUAGUCCCUUAGCAGCUAGUACAGAUAACAUAAUAGUGCAGCUUUGUGCUGCUCAGCAGGAGCUGAACUAACACAAGCAGUUCUCUCCCGGUAGGGGUUAUUAAUCACUCCUGCAUAGCAAAGGAUACUGGCCGCUGCUCAGCUGAGCUGCGUUUGAACCAAGAUGAUGAAUCUCAUUUGUAGGUCCUUUUCUGUUUACUCUGAUUCUUGCAUAUAAGGCAACACAUCUUUAAAACAUCAUUAAUUUUUUUUUUACUGACUUUGUAUUGAAGAAAUCAAUAGCUAGGAAGCUUUCUCCUUGGAUAUUUUCUAGGUAUGAGGACAAUGGCUCUGACUUGUACAGAUUGCUUACAGAAAGAAAUUAAGAGAAAUUAAACUCUUCAAAAGAAAUCCAGAUCUUAAAAGCAGUAGCAUUUAUUUUGCCCAUCAAAGCUUUUCUUGCCAAACCAAAUGUAUUCCACUGUAAUUUCAAAACAAGUUAAUCAACAGGCAUUGUUAUCUUGUUACAGGCUUUAUCAAAGCAUCUCUACCAAACCAGAAGCAAAUGCCCUUAUUUCUUCUUUCAGCCUUCAAUUUGUAGGUCUAAUCUCCAUCACUUCCAGAGAUGGAAAUCUUUUCCAGCUUUUGCUAUCAUGAUUUAUGAAAUUCCUCAAAACAUUCGAGCACAAUUGACCAAGGAUGAGGAAUCUGCUGCUGUCCAUGCUUGCUGUGGCGUUCUCAUCCACCUUCUCUUUGCAAGUACUUGGUUCAGACUCAAACUCUGAUACCCAGCCACAGCUCAUUGUACAGUAUCCCAGCUGUGCACGUUUGGUAUUGUUCUCAGAUUAGCAAAAGGCCCUGUGUUGGGCUAAUUUAAAUGGACUUAACUUCAUUUUCAGUCCCUCGAACUACCCCUUUAUAAAUCAGAUGAAGGCCCAGCAUGUCCUCGUGCACGUGGAUCCCCAUGCAGGAGAAAGCUGGUAUUCUGAAGGUUACUAUAAUGUGGUGACCAGCUGGAAGCCUCAGUCGUUAAGACUGUAGUGUUUCUAUGUAUUUUGGGUCUGGAAACACGUUCCAAUAUCCUGCUUAAAAGACCACAGUAUACAUGAAGAUUUUUAUUUUAGAUGCUAUUUGAAAUGAGAUGGUUUGAAAGUUUUACAUCUGAGCUUGCUGUUAUUAAUGGGUAAGCUCCAAACAACUUUGGAUCGGAGCUUUCUACCUCUGAUAAUAUCUGCGUCUGUCUUGAGUGGUUUACCUGCCUUUCUGCCAUGUUUUUCUGGAGUGCACUGAUCAACCACUGAGCUGCCUUUUCCAUUGUCCUGCAAUGUGAAAGUAGCACCAGAUAUUCCUUUGUGCAUUUCUGUGUAUAUGGCUUUCGUAGUUGGGAUUUUCAAAGCACUGAUACCCGGUGUUUUCAGUUUGUUCUAUGAGGGGAUAUUUCAUUUGCAUCUAUGUUUUUAGCUAUCCUGUGAUAACUUGUUGAAUAUUAAAAAAAAAUAAAAUAUUUUGCUUCUAUUGGGACAUUUGUAUACUCGCAACUAUAUUUCUGUAAACAGCUGCAGUCAAGAAUAAAACAAUGAAAGUUUUCA